AUGGAAGCCAAAAAAUAUAGUAUUGGCAUUGAUAUUGGAACAACAUUUUCAUCGAUCGGUUACUAUGACAUGGCACAAACUGAAGUUGUUGUAAUACCUGUAGAGAAUGUGGAACAAAAUAAUACAAGCUCACCCUCAUGGGUGAGCUUGUCUCAGUUUAAAUCGAAAGGGGUAUCUUUAGUUGGUUAUUCUGCAAAGAAAGAUACUGAAACCCAGUACUUAAUUUUCGACUCUAAGCGGAUGAUAGGCCGAAAACUUUCAGAUGUCAAAUAUGAAGAUAAGAAGAAUUGGCCAUUUGGAGUGGAACCAGAAAAAGACGGUUCCAUCAAAAUCAUCACUAUGAACCCAGACACAGACUCCGAAGAGUCUUUUUACCCCGAAGAAAUAUUUGCGAUUAUCAUUAGAGGCCUUUUGAAUAAGUUUAUGGAAUACACGUCUUGUAAGCUCGAAGAUAUUGAACAUGUAGUCAUCACCCACCCUGCUGGGUUUGAACAAGCACAAAUUGGUGCGGUCCGUUCUGCGGCAAUGAUAGCGGGCUUAAAGAAAGUUGAGUUUUAUGUUGAGCCGUCUGCUGCGAUAGUCGAUUACAUUCGCACCUGUCGAACGAAGCCCACACAUGGUUCUAAAAUGGUCGUGAUCGACUUCGGUGGAGGAACAUUAGAUGUUUCAUGUUGCACGUAUGAUGCGACAGAAGGGACUGUAGAGUGUAAAUCCAAAGGUGAUCCGGACUUAGGAGGAAACAAUUUUGAUAUCUGUUUUAUGAAUGCUAUUAUCGAGAAGAUUUAUUUACAAAACCCUGCUCUUGAAGAUUACUUCAAGAAAAAGAAAGGAAUGACUACAAGACAAAAAGAAGAGUACAAACGACUGAUGUUGAGAUUGCGACAAGAGACCGAACGCGUUAAAAUCGAGUUGUCGACUUCUGAUCAAUCAGAAGUGAGAAUGGAGUUUAUAGUUGGGAAAAAGGUAGUGGAAGACAAUGAAGUCAUGCAACCCAUUAUGACGCGUCAGGAUUUCGAAAGCGCCUGCAAAGAACUUUUUGAGAAAUUUGAUUAUACAGUCAAGAAGAUUUUAGGCAAGUUUGGGUUUACAAGUGGUGUUAAACACACUUUGUUGGUUGGUGGGUCAUGUCAAAUUCCAAAGAUCAAGUCGUUGAUUGUCAAAAUGUUUAAUGCAAAUGUCGUUGUCCCUCAAUUUGAUGGGAUGAAGGCUGUUGUCAAAGGAGCAACUUAUUUGGCGUUUUCAAAAACACAAUCACUUGUGGUUGUGAAGGAACACGUGGAUGAGCCAAUUGGAUUCGAGGUGAAAGGCGGGAAGAUGGACCCGUUCAUUACCGAAGACAUGACACUCCCAUGCACUGCAGUCAAACGUUAUUCAACACAGUACGAUGGACAGACAGAAGCUGUGUUUAAAGUAUAUAAAGGACCAGAGAAGUUUGUUGACGGCAUGCAAAUGAAGUACAUUGGAGAGACACAAAUCAAAGGGAUCCCUAAGAAGCCACAAGGAGUCGUUGGGUUCAUUGUCAAAAUAGAGCUAGAUGAUAGUGGUGAUAUGACUAUUUAUGCUUACUUAGAUGGGAACGAAGGAUUGAACACAAGAUUGCCAUUGACACUGACGUUCGACAGACUUCCACAAAAUGUAGAAACAAUGGUAAGGCAUACGUCUCAAUUUUUCCCAUAA